AUGAGCAUCAACGAAAACGACACGCUGCUGCAGCCCACCAGCACAGGUCACACCUCGCUGGACAACAGCACACUCGCAGCGCAAAUAUCAUAUGGUGCUCUGCCGGACAACGGCGCAGUCACAGCUCAUUUAGCAACGGCACGAUCUAUUAAACUACCGUCCUUUUGGAAGGAAAAUCCCUCCUUAUGGUUUGCUCAGGUCGAAGCAGCGCUGGACAUUUCCCAAGUACGAUCUGACGCCGCGCAAUUCAAAUACGUGCUUGUGCAUCUAGACGAGACAGUUCUUCCUUUUAUUGCCGACAUCGUCUUGUCCCCACCUGCAGAAGACAAGUACAAAGCAAUUAAAAAACGAAUCAUUGAUUCUUUCGCUGAAUCUGAAGAAUCAAGACUCCGACGCAUUCUUCGUGGCGUUGACCGUCUUGAUGAGAAGCCGACAAGUUUUUUGCAACGACUCAGGAACCUAUCCGGAGGAAAAGUUCCAAAUUGUUUACUCCGCACUCUUUUCCUCGAGCAGCUGCCGGAAAACGCUCGCUGUUUCCUGGCGUGUAGCACUACUGAGGACUUGGACGAUUUGGCGAUGCAAGCAAACAAAAUCUGCGAUGUUCAGUACAACAUCAUGACACUGAAUAGGACCAGCGAUGUAGAAGCAACACUGAAAGAGCAAGCACCGUCAAAUAACGAUAUAACUCAGUGUAAGGCAGACAUUCAAGCACUAGUAAAAAAGUUUGAGAAAUUUACCAAGUCAGCAAAACAUGGCGACGCGGAUUACUGUUAUUUCCACAAGCGAUUUGGCGUGAAGGCAAGGAACUGUCGGAAACCAUGCACAUUUUUACCAAGCAGCUCUAAUUUAAACUAG